GUAGCUGUAUAUACAGAGGCUGCUACACUCUUCACAGCCACUCCAGUCUCUGUGCCUGGGGUUUGUGCAGGUUGAAUCCAUUUACAGUAGUUAAGAUGUGUCAUCAUUAAAUGCCAGACCAGUCGCAAGCUGUGCAGUGGUCAAAAUGACAAAGUACAAACUUGUGCUGUUAAGACAUGGGGAGGGAGCCUGGAACAAGGAGAACCGCUUUUGCAGCUGGGUGGAUCAGAAGCUGAGCAGUGAUGGGAUAAAGGAAGCUCAGAACUGUGGGAAACAUCUCAAAUCCCUGGGUUUUGAGUUUGACCUUGUGUUUACAUCCAUCCUAACUCGUUCUAUUCAGACUGCUUGUCUGGUGCUAGAAGAAAUGGGGCAGGAAUGGGUCCCUGUUCAGAAAUCAUGGCGGCUGAAUGAACGCCACUAUGGUGCACUGAUAGGUCUCAACAGAGCAGAGAUGGCUUUGAACCAUGGGGAAGAGCAAGUGAAGAUCUGGAGAAGAAGCUAUGAUGUUGCUCCACCUCCCAUAACGGAAUCUCAUCCUUACUACAAUGAGAUUUAUAAUGAUCGCCGGUAUAAGUCCUGUGAUGUUCCAGAGGACCAGCUUCCAAGGGCUGAAAGCUUGAAAGAGGUGCUUCUUAGACUCCUUCCCUACUGGAAUGAAAAGAUAGUGCCGGAACUGAAAAGUGGCAAAACGAUCCUCAUAUCUGCUCAUGGGAACAGUGCUAGGGCCCUGCUCAAGCAUUUGGAAGGUAUCUCUGAUGAGCACAUAGCUAAUGUGACCCUUCCUACUGGUGUGCCAGUCCUUCUUGAACUGGAUGAAAAUCUGCAUCCUCUUAGCCCUCACCAGUUCCUGGGUGAUCAAGAGGCUAUCCAGGCUGCCAUUAAAAAGGUGGAAGAUCAAGGGAAAGUCAUACCUACUGAGAAGAAAUAAAUAGUGUUUACAGAUGCUGACCCUCAGCUGUGUGUGUGGUAACAAGUAAUGCUUUGUUAGUGUUAAGUUGCACUUGACAGACUACUUCAUUUUAAGUGCUGUGUAAGUGGAGGGGCUUAUUAUUAAGUAUUAAAUAAGGAUAUUAGCCAGUCUCCUUUGAAGAUGAGAGUUGAGAUCUCAACAGGAGAAGGGAGAGUUAUAGGUGGGAGAAAAUAGAGUUAAUGAUUUCAUCUAGAUGAUAGUUAGAACAGCAUAUAAUUGUUACACAAUUUGCCUCAAAACUCAGUUUGAGAGAGGCCCAAGGCAGGAGUAGGAGGAUGUGUUACUGGUUUGGAAUGAGUAUUAGCAGAGCCUUAUAUGGGUAGCUUGCACUGCAUGGCACUGGGAUCACUAUAGGGUUAGUCUCUGACUUUCACCAGUGUUAUUCUCUCCCAAAUUGCAAAAAAGUAAGUGUUGGCAAUAAAGCACCUGAUUAACUGUCUGCUGGAAGUCCUCUCUUUUUAAGAUGCCUAUCCAUGUAAUACACACACCUCUCCUUGAGCUUAUUGCAGUAAUGCUGCUAUGUUUGAUGCAGCUUUAUUUUUAGCAGCUCAUUUUCAGGCUCAAAGAAUCGCCUUGUGGGCUGAAGGCUAACUAUUGUCCUGGAGGAGAACUUAAGUCAAAGUUGUUUGUUUGUUUUGGGUGGGGUUUUCUUGUGGACAUAGCUGUGUCUUGUAUCUGCUAAACAUUGGCAUAGGCUAAUUUGCCAUGGAGAUGUUCUCUUUCUUCCUCUACACCAUGUCUUUACCAAAACCUUCUUGUACAGCUAAAUUCUGUUGGGUUGUAUCAGGGCAUCCGUAGUAGGGCUUCAGUUUUGUAGCUCAGCAGAAGCUAGCCCAUACACAUAGCGCAAAGAGGUUUAAAGCCUAGGCAGAACUUUAAACUUGGCUUUCCAUCCCUCCUUGCAUUUUUUGAGAGCUUAAACACUUAAUAGGUGUGCUGAGCUUGAUUCAUUAAAACUGCUAGAAAUGCUCCUGUUGAUUCUACUGAGGUCUAAUCCAACACCUGUGAAUAUCUCCUUGUUCUCACUGAGCCUGCCAUGUACAGUCCCAGGUAAAGCAAGUUGGACUAGAGUGGCUUCUACAAUGAAGUCUUUACAAGCAUUUCCACAAGCACAGUUGCCAGGGUAUUCUCAAGAUCUGCUUCUUACAGAGGCAGAGAGAUUUUGAUGACAAGCAGGUUACCAUGUGGAGGAAAUGUUGCUCAGUGAAAUAUCUACAGUUUUCUUUUAUGGUCUCUCAAAAAAGGCAAGAAUAUUCAAGUAAUUUCCCUCUGUCCUAUGAAUUUCUCAACCCCACUGGGCAGUCUCUCUUGCUUUUUUAAAGCAGCUUUACAUCAUUUGUAUUUAGCAUUGUGGUGGUGGUUCUUACAUUCAGAAGUGACAGUAUAUUCCACGUUGUGACUAUUCAGUUUUACUUUGUUGACACAUGUGCAAGUGUUGUAGCUUUAAAUCAGAAUCUGUCCCAGUAAGUAAACCUUUACCAGUCCAAAGUCUGCCCCUGAGCAUAGUCUUCAGUGGAGACUGCCUGUACAGUUUGCAAAAGCAGAAUGUGGCCUGGCUGUGACUUUUGAGGUAAUGAGUCUGAAUUCCCUGAGUGUUUGGUCUUUUUCAUUGAAAUAAAAAACAAACCCUUCACAUAUUGCUUUUUUUGCAGUGAGCAGCUUGCUAAUUCUUCUGAGAUUUUAUUUGUAUUUGGAAAUGGGCUGUCUCCUGAAGAUGUGAGCAGCAUGUCAGUGCUUCAUGCUUCUCUAGUCAUUUGGCGACCACAGCUCUGAUACACUUUGAGUCUUUUGUAGUAUAGCAAUAGCUGGUGUCAGCAAAGCAUGUUGACUCUGACAUCCUGAAGAGAAGCUUCCUUUGCAUGAAUGUCUUUUGGACACCUGGGUUGUUUGUUGGUUUGUUUGGUUUUAUUAAUAGCACUUGCCAGUAGGGGGCAAGUUACACUUGUAUUAAGCCAAUGUUUCUCUUUUGAAAACAAAAAACAAAACAAAAAAAAAUCAAAAGCAACCCCCCCCCCCCCAAAAAAAAAAAACCAAAAA